AAUGAAUUUCGACCCUGGACGGACAUCAGGCCGGUGAGAGCUAUCAAAGCCAAGUCUCAGUAUGAGCCUCCAGAUGAGAAAAUGAAUCACCAGACAAGCUACAGUACCCAGUUCACUGCCGAGGGAGCAAAGCCUGGCCCACACGACAACAAAUUCUUGGAGCACCGAAGGAUACGCAGCCUCUAUAAAGAGCCGCAGAAAGAAUCUUCAAAGGUGGAGAAGCCCAGUCCUCAGCCUUCUAAGCCAAAAAAGACGACCCCAAGCCAUAAAUCUGUGAAAAAGCCCAAAGAUAAGCAGGUGGCAUCCAGCAGGGCAUCGAAGAAGAAGGGCACAGAAACAUCUAGCAGAACCACGGCCGACGACAAGGAGAAAAGUAAAGAAAUUAACAAUAAGUUGGCUGAAGCUAAAGAAUAA